AUGUCCCCGGCGCCACGGCCUCUCCGGUGGCCUCGUGGCUCUGGGUUCCUGUUGCAUUUCUGGUGCUUGUGCCACGAGUCGGGCCCUGAUUUGGCCUCCACGCGGCUCGUGCAGGGAGCGGGGCCCGCGGCCCUUGUUGAGCACGAGCUCGCCGAGGAGCUGAUGCUUUUCCAGCUCCUGCGUGGUGACUUUCGCCGCAAAAACUUUCCCUUGCAGGAAAUAGACAGACGGUUGGAAAAGAAGCUGAAGAUCACCCAGAAGGAAAGCAGAAAAUCCAAAUCUCCUCCCAAAGUGCCGCUGGUGAUCCAGGACGAGAGCCUGCCCGCGGGCCCCCCGCCGCAGAUCCGCAUCCUGAAGAGGCCGACGACCAACGGCGUGCUCAGCAACCCCAACUCCGCCAGCAGGCCGGCCUUCCCGGUGAAGUCCCUGGCGCAGAGGGAAGCGGAAUACGCCGAAGCCCGGAAACGAAUAUUGGGCAGCGCCAGCCCCGAGGAGGAGCAGGAGAAGCCAAUCCUGGAUAGGUGA